GAAUGUGUUCAAAGGUGGCGGGGCGUGGCGGGGCGGCGGCGGGUCCACAUGGCAGCCUGAUCCCUGACUAAGCCACACCGCCGCGCCGCCACCAUGGCCACCAAGCUGGAAGACACACUCAACAAGCUUCUCGUGGCUGAUAAUGCUGUCAUACAAGAAGGAACAAAGGAGCUGGGGGAAUUGCUCAAGACACCUGGUGUGGUUGGGGAGUUGUGUAAAGUGAUGGGCACCUCCACUGCCCCUCAGGUCAGGCAGUAUGCCGCAGUCAUCCUCCGCAAACGCCUUGGCAAGAGUAGACAUUGGAUCAAGUUGGAGCCGAAUGUUAAAGAUGGAAUCAAAGAAGGAGUGCUGCAGGCAUUAAUGAGAGAGCCUGAGAGCAGUGUGAGAAAUGCUAUUGCACAGUUUGUUGGUGUCAUUGCCCGCCAUGAGCUGAGUGCAGGAAAUUGGCCAGCACUCCUGCAAUUUAUACAACAAAUGGUUCAGUCCCAGAAUAUUCAAGAAAGACAGCUUGGUGUGUAUGUGGUCAGUGUGGUGAGCAGUGUAGCUGGAGACCAACUGUUGCCACACCUUCAUCACUUGCUCCAUCUUUUUUCGGCUACCUUAGAAGACACCACAUCACCUGCUGCCUUCCAUACCAUCCAGGCUCUCACAAACUUUGCUCCACUUGUAGGACAAGAAAACAUGAAUGAGUUUCAGGCACUGCUUCCCAAGGUGCUGGUGGCCAUCAAGGCACUGUUGAGUCAGGAUGAGGAUCAGGCAGCUGAAUCCAUGGAACUCUUUGAUGUACUGGCAGAAUGUGAGGUUGCUCUUCUGGUACCUCAUCUACGACCAGUGAUUCAGCUGUGCCUUGACAUCAGUGGAGACAAGAAUCUAGGAGAAACUGUAAGAGUCAAGGCCAUCACCUUCCUUGGAUACAUCACAAGGCUCAAGAAAAAGUACAUCUUGAAAAACAAGCUGGUGGUGCCACUGGUGUCUGCAAUGUUCAAUGUUGCAUGCAGUGAGAGUGAAGAUGAUUCAUGCCUUGGAUUCUUUGGCGGAGAGGAAGGAGAGGGUGGCAACCCCGUGCAUGCAGCUGCUCAGACCCUGGACGCCUGUGCUCUUCACCUCCCUCCAGACAAGCUUCUUCCAUGCCUGAUGGCCCAAGUAGAACCAGCACUUAAGAGUGGAAACCCUCACCAGGUUAAAGGAGCCUACUUAGCUUUAGCCAUGGUGGCAGAGGGCUGCGCUGACACACUGCGCCAUAAACACCUCCAUCCUCUCCUCCAGUGCAUUUGCCAUGGCAUUACCAGUGAAAACCAGUUGGUGCGCAACAGUGCAUUGUUUGCCUUGGGCCAGUUUGCUGAGCAUCUGCAGCCUGACAUCAGCAAGUACCAUGCUGAUUUGCUUCCAGUGUUGUUUGACUACUUAACACAGAUUUGUGUGCUUGUAGGUAAGGGAGGCAGUGAUCCCCCUGGUGUAGAUCGCAUGUUUUAUGCUCUGGAGGUCUUUUGUGAGAACUUAGAAGGGGAGCUCUUGCCUCAUCUGCCAGCCCUCAUGGAACGCCUCUUUGCUGUACUAGCUGCUCCGACUUCUGUCCACAUGAAGGAGCUGGCCAUCAGUGCUAUUGGAGCCACUGCUAAUGCUGCUAAGGAGCACAUGUCACCAUACUUCCAACAAAUAGUGGAGAUGCUGAAAGGCUAUCUCACUGUUGAUCAAGCUGAUGAAACUAUGAGCCUUCAGGUGCAGUCAUUAGACACACUUGGUCAGCUUGCAAGAUGCAUGGGUGUUGAAAAUUUCUUGGUAUAUGCACCCGACUGUGUCAGCCUAGGCCUGGGGCUUAUGGAACGCAAGGAUGACCCAGAUGUUCGCAAGACUUGCUACUUGUUGUUUGCAUCUCUAGCAUCUGUCAUGAAGGGAGAAAUGGCUGUGCACCUCCCAAAGAUUAUGGACCGCAUGAUGCUGUCUCUGAGGAGUACUGAUGGAGUUGUGACCCACUUUAAAGAUGAUGAAGGUGGCUUACCCACAACCAUUGAAGGACUGAGUGACUCGGAGGAGGAGGAGGAAGGUGAAGUGGACUUGUUAGGUAAUGAAGAGACUGAGGAUGAAGAUGUAGCUGGGUAUUCUGUAGAAAAUGCUUUCUUAGAAGAGAAAGAAGACACGUGUGUUGCUCUGCGAGAGCUGUCUUUGCAUUGCGGAGAUGCCUUUCUUCCUUACAUGGAUAAGAGUGGAGAGGAGGUGUACAAGAUGCUCAACUAUCCCAAUGAAGAUGUAAGGCAAGCUGCAGUUAAUGCCAUGGCUCAGUUUGUGAUAAGCCUCUCUAAGAGUUCUGCUCCUGAGGCUGCUGAAGGCUUUAAGAAGUGGAUACAAGUAUUUAUUCCCAAGUUGUCCGAGUUGAUACGCACAGAUGAAGAAAGGUCAGUUGUAAUGGCCUGCCUUGAAGCUUAUGCUGAGGUGCUGAAGGAGGUGGGAGCUCCAGUGCUGGUGCCCCAGGGCCACUUGGAAGCCAUCAUUAACUGUGUCAGGGAUGUCAUGGAGAAAAAGACUAUGUGUCAAGACAUGGCAGAUGAAGCUGGAAGUGAAGAUGAAGGUGAAGCAGAACAUGAUGAGAUGCUAAUUGAGUAUGCUGGAGAAGUUGUUCCUAGCUUAGGAAAAGCCAUGACCCAGGAUGCAUUUGCUACUCAGUUUGCUCAGCUGCUUCCACUUUUUGCAAAUAAAACAAAAACAAGCUGCAGCAUUGCAGAGCGUUCCUUCAGCCUGGGAACACUAGCAGAGUCUGUGGAGGCCCUAGGCACAGUGAGUGGCAAAUUUGUGCCUCAGUUGCUGCCACUCUUUCAGCAAGGUGCCUACGAUGAGGAUGAUGAAGUCCGUUCCAAUGCCAUUUAUGGCCUUGGGGUUCUUGGUCAGCAUGGGGGUGAAGCCAUCCUCAGCCAUUAUCAUGCCAUCUUGGGAGUAUUGUCAGCAGCCCUCAGCAAGGAAUCUUUCCCGCGAGCCCUGGAUAACAUCUGUGGAGCAGUUGCCAGACUCAUCACUGCAAAUCCAGGAAAUGUACCAUUAGAACAGGUGUUUCCUGUUGUCCUGGGAUGUUUGCCUUUGCGAGAAGACUUUGAAGAAAAUUCAACAGUUUUUGAAUGUUUCCUCAAGUUGUAUCAAGGGCAAUACCCAAUACUUGCUCAAAACCUGGUGCCUGUGCUGCGUCUGGCUGCCCUUGUAUACUCCACUAAACAGGCAGAUGAUAAAACAAACAAACUGAUUCAAGAACUGGUUAGUAGUGCAAGUCGUGACUUCUCUGAGCAGUUCAACUCAUUAGUGCAGAGUUUGGAGCCUGAGAUUGUUGCCAGACUUCAGGCAGCUUUGGCAGCAGCAGCCCCUGCCACAUCACCUACUCCAUCCUAAUGCUGCUUGGUAUUUUUGAAUACCUACUUCGAAUGCAGUUUAAUUGUGCAUCUUCCAGAAAAUACAAUGAAAUUCAAACCAUUAAUCUUGUUAGAGGAACUUGAUUAUUUUAACUAUUUAUUGCAGCAUAGCUUUAUGUUAAAUUUAUAUGCUCUCAGUACUUAGUGCAGUGUGGAGAAUGUUUGAUCCGUCUGAAUGAUUCAGGCAGUGCCUUCAUCAGUGGAGUUUAGUUGUCAGUCUUAACAGCUAUUUUGCAUGAUUCAUGAUACCACAAUCAAGUAGAAAAUACAAUUUUGCUUUAAAGUAAUGGUUUAAUAGUGCUGUCACCACAUUCUGAAGCUAACCUAUUCAGUGGGAAAACAAGUAUAACCUAUUUAAUAUUGGAACAAUGUUGAUGCCAUCAAAAGACAAAUAAAUAGCUGACAAUAAAAGAACACUUUGUAUAUGGUAAGUGUCAGCUAUAACACAUACUGUAAAAAAGUGAGUGUGUGUGUGUGUGUGUGUGUGUGUGUGUGUGUGUGUGUGUGUGUGUGUGUGUGUGCACACAAGCAUGUGUGUGCUAUUGUCAGUCCUUCCAAUGAGUGGAUCAUCUGAUGACUGGGUAGCUGAUUGAUAUUAUACUUGUAGUGAUUGCCAGUGUUAAUUAUUUUAACAAGUUGGUAUUCUCUCUGUAUCAUUAUUAGCUUAAGUCUUAUCAUCUUACUCAUAUGUGAUCAGUGUUCCUUUUUAAGUACAUCAAUCACAUAAUGUAGAUGAUAAUUAAAGUACUCUAAUAUUUCAGUAAAGCAAUAUUCCCUACACAAAAAGUGAUUACCAAUAAAUAGACAAUUAACAAUCAAUGGUGCUGUUAGCUUCCCCCAUUGGGCUGGGGUAAGUUGGUGAAGGGGCAGAGAAUCAUUGCAAAGGUAGUUGUUCAUUGAAAUUAUAUCUAUCUCAAUUUACUUUGCAGCUGAGAUACAUUAGCCCGAAGACAAUCUUGUUAUGAAAACAGUAUUGCAUCAAGAUAUUACAUUAAUUGUUUUUUGUGACUAUAAGAAGUAUCCCUGUGAUGUACUUGUAAAAUAUUUUUUGUCAAUGUACAUUGACAAAUAAGAUAAACAGAAUACACUUGAUUCUGUACAGUCAAAUAUACAGGAAUUAAUAUAAAUACAAAACCCUUGAUAUAAAUCCAUCUAUCUUUAAGAAACAGGAACCAUAGCACAAGCAAUAAAGUGUUUGGGCAACAAAGAACAUUUCAUUGGAUCAAUGAAAACAAGGGGAUUUGCUUGAGCAACAAAACCAAUCUGCAUUGUUUAUAGAUAUUGCUUUAGGUAUACUAUAUAUAGCCCGGUUGCAUGGUUUUUAUUAUAUACAAAAGAUGUUCUUUAUGUUGUGCUUGUUACUUUUAUAUUGUAGUUUUAAGGAACUAAUAAUGAUAUAUGCAACAACAAAAUUUAUGUUUACAGCCUCAGUAGUAUUCAUUCCUGUGUCAUGUAAGCAACCCUAUGGGCAUGUAUGCAACCUUUGACUGUAAAGGUUACUCUCAUUCAUGACAUUAGUUUGUAAAACCUCGAUGUGAAACAGUAUUGAUAUGAAAGCUUAACAAAGUAUGAAUGCUAAAAUAUGAAAAAAAAAAAAAAAAUUAAGCUACAUUAAAUCCUCAUUAUAUAAAUCUCCUGACAGAAUUCACAAUUUUGCUGGACCAAUUUCUACACUUAAUUAAUAUCUCAAGAGAAAUUUGAAUUCAUUCAAGUUGAUAUUGUCAUUGAAUAUUUUUAAAAAAAGGACUCAAAAUAACUGGACAAGGAAGUAUUUUUAUAAAAUAAGUAGAAUAUCAAUUCAUGAUGUAAAUGACUUAUGAGGUUUAUAAAAUACCAAUCCUGAUGUGUUCUGCUCACUAAGAGUUACUAGAGAAUCCCAUUGCAUAUAGUGAGUCCUCAGCUAGAAGAGACCACACAAUAGUAAUAAAUUGUCAUACUGACUGCAGAUGCAAUCAGACUUGAAUUCAGGUUAACAUUAGGGCUUAAAGAGCUCAGACUUUCAUAACUGAAAGUUGUCCAGCAUACACUUGCAUCUGCCAAAAAUAUAAUGUAAUUAUUUUGCCAACAACACAAACUAAUGUGUAUUACAACUAUGUGAAGUUGGACACCUACUUUAAAAACAAAUAUUUAAUUUAUCAUAUAUACAAAAAACAUUUUAUGUUUUUGGCAAGUAAAAAUAGAAAAACAUAUUCUCAGAUGGGAUUAUAAGAAUGAAACACAUCUCUAUUUUUGGGGGUGAAAAUUUGAAUGAAUUUGAUCAAACAAAUUUAGGAAACCCUCAACAAACUAGUUUCUCCAUUUAAAUUAUUCACAUAUGUUUUCACAUAAGUGUCAGUGAUACAGAAUACAUCCCUCUUAUGUAAUGAGGAUCUAGGGUAACUUAUUUACAGCAGAUAUCACUGAACCAACAAAGAUUAUCUUUCCAGAACUUCCUUUGAGGUGCUUCAGUAUGUGUGUGUAUUUAUAUUAUUUUAAUCCAGCCAUAACUUGAAAUGUCUGCAUGUUUAUGUUAGUGAUAUUUUAGUAAACAUAUUCAAUGAGAUCUCUCAAUACCAGAAGCUUACAUUUUCUUAUUAAUAAUAAUAUUGUUCUUGCAUAUUCUGAAACUAUUUCCUCCUUAAUAUUAUUUUCAUACCUAGUUAAUAUACCAUGCAAUUGAUUAAGAUCCCCUAUGAGUGAUGUCUUCCAUUCUGGCAUCAUGAGGUUAGCAGUGAGUUUCAGCUUUCACUGGCUGCCUUUCCUCCAGAUUCAUAAACCUUUAGUUUAAUUAAUUUCUUAAACAUAGUUCUCAUGGUCAUUCCUGUUAUGUCAAGGACCUUAUGUAUUUGUGGAAUGGAGAUGACUAUCAUUACAUAAUUAUUUAUGGUCUUUCACAACAUGGGAGUGUGUUAGUCUUAAGUACGAGGGAAUGAUCAUGAUGAUUAUGGUUUAGUCUGUGAAAAAUAUCAAAUGGAAUAAACAAAAUAAAUAUUGUUAGAUUUUAACCAGUAAACAUCAACUAAUGUUGCUUGAGGAAACAUGUGAUCAUGGUUGGCUUUUUUUUACAUCAGCCAGCAGCAUAUGGAUUCUUGGAUCAUUGCUUUAAAGCAAAUGAAGUGAAUGACUCAGAUGACUGGAAUUUUUUUAAGUAUUCAUAAUCUGUGUAACCUGGUAUUGAGAAGCUUGCCUGUACUCUCAUCCUUCAAGGUCUGCUAUCAACAUAAAAUCAGCAGAACCUACCUUACGUUUUUCACAGUGGUGUGCACCUGCAUUCCUGUGUGCUUGAGUGUUAUUACUGGCAAGGAUGAUGGGAUUUCUGUUUAAGAAAGGGAAAAAGAAAAUUUUAGAGUGUUAGUAGGCAGUGGGGGUCAUACCUAACCUUUCAUGAUAAUCAUGCAUCUCAAGACCUAAAUCUGAUUGGCCCCUUAUUUUUCAACAUCCACAGUACUUCUGUCAUAAUUUCCUGCCUUUAAGCAAGCAUAUGUACCUUUUGAUAUCUCUCAGCAUUAAAAUUAGGAAAAACAAAUUUUUCACUUUGAACAGCUAAGGAUAGAUGUUCUCCUUGGCUUAGGUUUACAUGAACGUUAUUCCAUCAUGUCACACAAUCCAUUGUUGUUGCAGUUGUUUGCAUUUUUCUCGGGUGAAGGAUCUCUGGAUCUCAGAUCUAAUUAUAAUGCUCCGUCUUGUGCAAUGUUUUUCCAAAUAUCAUGGGAAAUUUAGUGGUACAUGCAUCAGUUACAAUAUAUUCUCCUUUGCUUACACAGAUAUUUACAUGUGCUAUGAAAUGGAGUUACACUCGACUAGCAGAGAGUCACUUUGUAGACAUAUUAGAAUCUUCAAAGGAAUACAUGAAAGUAACCUUACAGUCAUACUCAGUGCUGGAGCAAAAAAAUAAAUAAAUAAAAAUACAGGGAAAAUGCUUUCAAAGGAAAUCACAAAAUUCCAUAUAUGUGAUUAGAAAUUCAAACUAAGUUGUCUUGACAGGUUUUCUGUCAAUAAAAUUUUUAUAUUUGUACUCAAAAGUAUUAGAAUGUGAUGAAAUUUUUUAUGUUAAUGGACAUUUGUGUCUUUCAUUAGAAUUUAAGAAAAUAUUGUCUAUGUAGUUGUACAUAAGUACAUUAGAAUUUAAAACAUCUCCAUCUGUGUUUUAUUAUUUAAAAAUAUAUUCAUAUCAAUGCUGAAGCCAAAGAAGUUCAUUGGUACUAUAAGAAUUCAGUUGGUAUUAUAGGAAGUUCCCACGAAAGCAUUUUAACUAUAGAGUAUUUGACUGAGAACAGACAUUGUCAAUUUGAAUAUAAUUAGUUUCUAAAAGUUGAUAGCUCGUCUUGUGCAGCUUCUGAUCUCUGGUGGUUAGAUAAUGCUGGACUUACUGUACCUCUUUGAAGAUGUACUGAAUUAAUGGGUACUACUGUAUGGUGGAGAUGGAUCACUGUAUGGAAGAGUUGCUACCUCUGCUGGUAGAAUGUAUGGCAUGACAGCAUUUAAACCAUAAUGCAUUUCCGAGAAUUGGAGAGUGAUGAUGUCUAAGCAUAAAGUUGGCUGUGGAGUGUGUGAGGCAAGGGAGUGUUACCCUGUUUCUGAACAUUAUUUAUUGUUACAUGAACACAAUUUAUAUGAGUUUGAUCCAUAAAUCUUGUAAUGUAAUCCCUAAAUUUGUGUCCUGGUGUGUAUCUUUUUUUAUACUCUGAAUUCAUCAAAUUAUAUAUUUUUAAGAAUGGUGAUUAUUUGUAUAUUAAGUAAUUUGGUUCAUACUGGAAUUUGGAAAUUUAUUCCAGCAUUAAUAGCAUUAAUUAAAUUAUUGAAAGGAAAUGUCUUCAAUCAUGCUUCAGCUGAUAAGGAUCUAGUCUACCUGAUAUCUUAAGUGUGUGAUGCGGAAAUACAAGUUGUGUCUGGGAUUGGAGCAGUUCAGUUAGUAUAGUUUUUUUUUUUUUAUAUAACAGUUAAAGUGUGGAAAGUAUUCACCAACUAUUUUUAUACAUCUGAAAGUGCCUUGUGUAAUUCAUAAACAGUGAUAUAGUCAGCCAAGCUUGUUAUCUUAGUAGAAUGCUUAAGAAAUAAAAGCCUUACUGGUGCAAUUGUUUA